AUGAAACACUUGAUUGCACUUCUCUUGGUCGCGUUAUUGGCCAUCUCAGCAGUCACCGCUUCUGAAGAAGUGGUCACUCCACAAGCAGACCAACAACUCCAAUCCUUCUUGGAGGAUGUUGCUCAAGCUGAGGAACAAGCAGAUUUCUUCCUCACUCCAAGUAUCAUUAGAAAAUUGAAGGAACCAAGAUAUUAUAUUUUGACCGAUGAAGAACUCGCUGACAAGAGCUUCUGGGACAAGGCUUUGAAGGUUGUUGGUGAAAUUGGAAAGGCUGCCAUCCGAGACUACAUCAACAAGAACUGGGAUGAAAUUCCAGAAGAAGAAGCCGAUAUUAAACUCGGAAAGUUGUUCAAGAACAUCCUUCCAUAUUUGAAGGCUGCUGCCAAACAAUACAUCAAUAACAAUUGGGGUGCUCAAGAAAUGGCUGACAAACCUCAAGAAAAGUGGAGCCGAAUCAUUAAAUGUAUUUUGCCAUACAUUAAGCGUGGUGUGAAGGACUACAUUGCUGCCAACUGGGAAGAAGAGGCCGAUAAGGGAUUGUGGAAGUCUGUCUGGGAAGUUGUUAAGGAAAUUGGAAAGGGAGCAAUCAAAGACUACGUCAAUAAGAACUGGGACAAUGAAAUGGAAUUAUCUGACAAGUUCUGGAAGAAGGUCUGGAACAUUGUCAAGGAAAUCGGUAAGGGAGCUCUCAAGUCCUAUGUCAAUCAAAACUUUGAUGCUGUGGAAAUGGCUGAUACUACCAAAUUUAACAUUGGAAAAUUGAUCAAGAAGGCUUUGCCAUACAUCAAGGCUGGAAUCAAGGAUUAUAUUAACAAGAAUUGGGAUGCUCAAGAAUUGGCUGAUUUGGAGAAUGAUGAAUUGGCUGAUUUGAAGUUGAAGAAAUUCUUCAAGAAGGCUUUGGAAGUUGCCAAGAAUUUGGGAAAGACUUACAUUCGUACUCAAUUUGGAAUUCCUUUGGAAGAUAUUCCUCAAUCUGAUAAAUUCUUCAAGAAGAUUUGGAAAGUUGUUCGUGAUCAAAUCAAGAAUUACCUUAAGGAACGUGUGAAUCAAUAUGUUGUUCCUGUUGCUCCUGUUGCUUCCGAGGAAUUCUAUGAUGAAGAGGCUGAUGUUGAACUUACCUUUAAGGAAUUGUUGAGCAAGGCUCUUCCAUAUUUGAAGGCUGGUAUCAAGGAAUACAUUAACAAGAACUGGGAUGAGGAACAAGCGGAUAUCAUUGAUUAUGAAAAACUCUUCAGAAUUGCUUUGCCAUAUCUCAGAGGUGAAAAGGUUCUUGAAACAGCUGCACUCCGUGGUUAA